UGGGUGGCACCUUUCUUCCAGUCUCUUAUCAGGGGUGGCAGGGCCUAUCCUUGGCAGCCGUCCAUCUGUCUACACUUCUCUGAAAAUUCUCCCGAGUUACAUUUAUCUCUGUUAGAUUCAUGUGCUGUGCUGUACUACAGUAUGGCACACCAUAUCCACCCAAUAACUGGGGAUCUCUACAGACACACUGACCCCGUACCAGAGGAUACACCAAAGGUCCAUGGCUACGACUUCAACCAAGGAGUGGACCACCGUGCCCUGCUGCAGUCCUAUCUCAACACAGGCUUCCAGGCUACUCACUUUGGCUUGGCUAUCCAGGAGAUCAACAACAUGAUUGAGAGGCGUCAGCAACCGGUGAAGGGGGUGAAUGGAACGGUUGAGGAAGAUCCAUCAACCUGCCCCUGCCUCCAGAGCUGCACCAUCUUCCUCGGUUACACUUCAAAUCUCAUCAGCUGUGGCAUCAGGGAGACUAUCCGCUACCUUGUAGAGCACAAAAUGGUGGAUGUCUUGGUGACAACAGCUGGAGGUAUAGAGGAGGAUCUGAUCAAGUGUUUGGGCCCAGUGUACAUGGGAGAAUUUACUCUGCCUGGCAAGGAUCUGUAUAAAAAAGGUCUUAACAGGCAAGGGAACGUCCUGAUGCCAGAUGAAAACUAUGCAAAAUUUGACGAAUGGAUGGUGCCGAUCCUGAAGGAGAUGUUGGUGGAGCAGAGAAAUCAGGGCGUUCGCUGGACUCCAUCUAAGGUGAUCCAGCGGCUGGGCAAGGAGAUUGACAACCCUGAAUCUGUUUACUACUGGGCAUACAAGAAUAACAUCCCAGUGUUCUGCCCUGCCCUGACAGACGGUGCUAUAGGAGAUCAAUUCUACCUCUUCUCACAAGAGAACCCCGACAUUAUGUUGGAUAUAGUUGAAGAUAUUUCAAAGUUGAACAACCUUGUGGUGGCUGCCAACAGCACAGGGAUUAUCACCCUGGGAGGAGGUGUAGCCAAACACCACAUAUGCAAUGCCAAUUCCUGGAGGGAUGGAGCCGACUAUGCGGUGUACGUGAACACGGCUCAGGAGUUUGAUGGUUGUGACUCAGGGGCCAGACCUGAUGAGGCUGUGUCGUGGGGCAAGAUCAGAGGAGAAGCUAAACCAGUGAAGGUGUUCGGAGAUGCUACCAUAAUCUUCCCGUUAUUGGUGGCAGAGACCUUCGCAGUUCACGCUAACACAACUACCAGCAGGGGGAAAAAAUGAAAACAAGGCCUCUUCUCAUCUUUUAUCAAUAGAUGCAAUACUUUUUCAUUAUCUCUGUCUCUUUUUCAGACUUUUGGCUUUACAGAUAUCUUUGUUUCUCAUGGUGAAAUUCUCAACUUAUCAUUCCAGGAAAAUACUUUUCUCUGACCUGCUUGAGGGGCAAUUUCAUCUGAUUGCUAUGGCCUGCUCAGUUGCUCAGCUGCCAUUCCCGUUUGUCUGGUUGCACGAGUCUUCAAAAUGGCCACAAUUAGGAACUCCUCAAGCAUGAGAAAUAUUUACACGCAUGAUAACUUUUCUUGACCUGACCUGGUUUCAGUAUGUUUGAGUGCAGGCAAGUUCAUGGAGUCAUUAGGUUGGCACAGUCUAAUAAGCAGUGUUUUGUUGAGUUGGGUCCACGGCA